AUGGGUAACAGCCAAGGCAAGCCCGUCGAGUUCGACGGUGAAGCGAACCUCAACCAUUUCCGCUUGCUACGAGUCGUCGGCCGAGGAGCCUUCGGCAAAGUCCGGAUCGUCGAGAGGAAGGAUACCGGCUUGUCUUUCGCCCUGAAGUACAUCCGGAAGGAUGAAGUCGUCCGAUCUGAGAGUGUUCGCAACAUCAUCCGGGAACGACGAAUGCUCGAGCACGUAAACCACCCAUUUAUUUGCAACCUGCGCUACAGUUUCCAAGAUAUCGAGUACAUGUAUCUAGUCGUUGAUCUGAUGAGCGGCGGUGAUUUACGGUUCCACAUCUCCCGAAAGACCUUCACCGAAGACGCUGUCAGGUUCUGGAUCUCCGAACUGGGCUGUGCCUUGAGAUAUAUCCACGGCCAGAACAUCAUCCACCGAGACGUGAAGCCCGACAACGUACUUCUAGAUGCAGACGGACACGUGCACUUGACAGACUUUAAUGUUGCCUCGGACGUUGUUCCUGGCAGAAUUCUAUCGAGCAAAUCCGGUACUCUGGCCUACCUUGCGCCCGAGGUCUACGCAGGCCAAGGCUACGAUGUCCGCGCCGAUUGGUGGUCAUUGGGGGUGCUCUUCUAUGAGUGCAUCUACAACAGAAGACCAUUUGAAGGCAACUCCGAGGCUUCGCUUGGCACAGUCAUACAGGCCGCAAAUCCCAAGUAUCCUGUCACCUCUCCGCCGGUCUCGUUACUCUGUUUAUACGCCAUCAAGGAUGCCCUAGAAGUGAACCCAGAUAAGCGAUUGGGUUCGACAUGGGAAAGCUUUACGCGACAUGACUUCUUUUCAUGCAUUGAUUUCGAAGCCCUCGAAAGGAAAGAGAUCGAGCCCGUAUUCGUCCCGUCCUCCGAAAAGACGAACUUCGAUGCCACCUAUGACCUAGAGGAGCUGUUGCUCGAGGAGGCGCCCCUAGAGGCUCGCGCUCGGAGGCAAAAGCCGCGCGAUAGGUUAAAAGAAGACGCCACAGUCAAGGAGAUCAGAGAGGAGGAAUUGUAUCGCAUGAUCGAGACAGACUUUAGGCCGUUUGACUACACAUUGGCGGCAUAUAAGAAGAUCACGGCACAGGUCGAGGGUCAACAAGCCGCUGGGUGCCCAGUCCUCGUCAUGCCUGAUGAGAUGCAUGCGCCGCAAGCACUGACGACCGACGAGGCGACGCCAGUUUCUCAGAUGACAACAAAUGGAGCUACCAAACAACCCUCACUCCAAUCACAACCCGCCUCCGAAACCCCCCCCGGCCAAGAAAAUGGUGCCGGCCCCCCAAACACUCACAAACUGCACCCCCCGUCAAUCAGCAAUCGUCGACUGCCAUCACCCCUACAACCGUACCCUCAAGCCUAUACAAACAACGCCAAUCCCGGCAGACCCGGCCGCGGGGGUGCGCCGGGCAUGAUUGUCGAGUCCCCUACCGGCGGCGUCCAAGUCACUCUAGAUGGCGGCGGUAGCUGGUCUGAUCUCGCUCGGCAAGAUGCCACAUUACCGGCGGAUGCCAGCGGCACCAACCACGAGAUGGGCGGGAAGCUGGAAACCGGCGGCGGCGGCGUCUUCGGGUUCCUGAGCAGGAAGAAAGGCCGUGCAAAUAGCCCCAAGCCAAAGGAAAGAGGCGUGCUUGGGAAGGAGGGCGCAAGAGUCGUUAUUGGCUGA